UGUGCUGGAAGCAGCAGCCCCUUCUCCCCCCUCCCAUGACCUCAGCAGCUCCAAUGAGAUGGGGAGGAUGGUGCCCAGCAGUGCCUAGAUAGAAAAACUGGCACCAGCAUGCUCAUGUCUUCACAGCACAUCUUGGCACAGGCACAUGCCCUGCUAGAUAGGGGUGCAAUGAUCUGCAUGCCAUCACAUAAUGCCCAGCACUGUGCCCCCAUCCUGGCACACUCCUCAUGAGCCUGGCAGCUUGCUGACCGCUUCACCGAUGCUUCUGCUGCCUAUAAUCCUCCUGAUUGGGAUCUGCACUGGGUCGUCCUGCAUUGUGAAGACAAAGACUAGGAGGGGAUCUCAUGGUCUGUCAUUACUGUAAUCUCACUGGAGGGAGGGGAGACAUUACUACUCCGUGCAGCAGAGAGGAGGGGGGAAUUAGAGGAAUGGGGAUCCACCAGGCUGAUCUCAUCUAAGCAGGAGCUCCACAUCUACAAGGUGCCACCCUGCAGCACCACAGGAACAUGUUCUGUCUAGUACAAGGUGCCACAGCAGAGGAGCUGCACACUGACAAAGGCCACAGUGAAUAACUGGAAAACCAAAAUGUACAGUAUAAUAAAAUCAACUAAGAGAGCCAAAUCUGAUACACAGAAAUAUAUGCAAUGAACGCUCUAUUUGAAAGCUGCUUAACUUCUGAAGGGAAUUAUAUCCGUCCUGCAAGUGUCACCUUAAAGAUAAUCAAAUGUGACUCAUUCCUGUGAGAUUUCUGCAGCUGAAGGAUUGUACGUACAACAUCCAUUGACCGUCUAGUCAGCAGUGCUGAGCCUAGGAGAUACUAGAUACUCUUAGAUAAAAAAAAUCCCCCAUUUACCAGUUAUGUGGACUAAAGUUGAGCCACUGUCCUAAAUGUGAAGAAUGGGCCGAACAUGAUUAGUAAACUGUGAACUGCAAUUUUAGAUAUUCUGGUUUUUAAGGUAUUUUCUGGAGAAUAAUUAUUUUUCAGUAACACUAAAUACAGUAACAGAGCUAAAUCUUCUUAUUGGAACUGGAUAGUAAUAAAAUUACAACAAUCCUUUCUGAGCAAACAUUGGAGGUUGAACAUAGAAAGAAGUUCAAGAGUUCAGUUUUAUGUGGUGCAGUCCUGACACACCUCUCAGCUCUCAGAAUCAGGAUCAGCAGUGUGUGAAAGGCGCAGUGUUGAAACAAACCGUAUCUGGUGUAAUGCCAGAAAAACAACAGUGACACAAGAAAAUCAACAGUAAAAGCUCCAAGGUUAUGUGACAGCAGUCUGCAGAAACCACGAAUAUGGAUACUGCCUUGUCUAUUGCUCCUUACCCCAGUGACUUGAAGGUAAAUGAUGGAAGCAAAGGGACCUCUACAAGGAGGACAUGUGAGUACAGUGUGGCCCCUGGAGAUGGGUUGGAGGCAAGCUCUGAAAAACAUGCAAACGGCAGUGCAAAAGACUGCUUACCCCACACCAAUGGUGGCUACAGUCUUGAGUCUGACACUGUUGUACAGCCUAUGCUUAGUUUGGAAAUUUCUAGGCAAGUAACCUCUAAUGAUGCUGAGGACAUAUCAGUCUCUGAACCACUGAGUGAAGGUAGCAUGGCACUGAGUGGAAGUCAGUGGGAUAUGAACAAUGUGUCGGAAUUGGAAGAGGAUAGUGAAGAAAGAAGUUUAUCCGAAUCUAUCUCAAUCAGUGAAUAUCUACAAGCUCAAGCAAGACAAUCUAAUGCAGAUUUUGGAAUCAAUAAAACUGAAGGGAAUCUGGAGAGAAAUAUUUUAACUGGUAACACUGAAACCCCUGGUGAACCAGACCUGGUGAUUGAGGUGACUGGGGGGCAAAGGAUUAAAGCACAUAAGUCCAUUUUGGCUGAGAAGAGUGAUUAUUUCAGGGCCCGAUCAUCAAGAGACAUUCUUAAAAUUAAGGGUGUAAGUUACCAGACUUUACAGCUGCUCGUGGAUUAUAUUUACAGCUCAAAACUGGAAGUGAAGCAAGAAAAUGUGGUGGAGGUGAUCAGUGGGGCAAAGUUCCUGCAGAUCCCAUGUGCCGUGCAGUGUGCCAUGGACAGUAUGAGGUCCCAGAUAUCACUCAAGAACUGCUAUCAGGUGCUCUAUAUUGCAAAAAAGCAAAGACUAAAUGAGCUCAAGGAAGCUGCUUACAAAUUUAUGAGUGACCAUUUUCUACAGGUUCUUAGAGACCCAAAUGUCUAUGGCAGACUGACGGGUGCAGAAAGAGACUUAAUAUUACAACGUAGAAUGGAUGGAAAGCAGUGUUUGGUGGUGGCCGAAAUUAAUGAUGCUUUCGAACGAAUGAGCAGUAGUAGUAGACCUCAAAGCCGAGAGAGCAGUAGACCCCAGAGUCCUUCAUCAGUUUUUUCCAUUGAAGAUGAUGGAACUACUUAUCAGGUCCAAUGCUUCACCGAAUCCACAAGGAGAUGGCGGUCUUUGACAAAGAUUCCAGAGGAGGCAAACACUAAAGGUUGUGGAGUAUGUGUUCUGUAUAACUAUUUGUUCAUUGCUGGGGGAAUUAAAGGUAGCGGUGAAAAAGCAAAACUUUCUGACCAAGUAUUUUGCUACAACCCUUUGACUGACACCUGGGAUAAGGUCCGAUCACUCUCCCAACCACGCUCACAGUUGAAACUUAUUGCUCUAGAUGGUUAUUUAUAUGCUAUUGGUGGAGAGUGCCUAUUCACAGUGGAAAAAUAUGACCCCCGUCUUGACCGUUGGAGCUCAGUAGCUUCAUUACCUAAGGGUGCUUUCGCUGUGGCCCAUGAAGCUACAACAUGUAAUGGUGAGAUAUAUGUAUCAGGUGGGACUCUUUUUUACCGUCUACUCAAAUAUGAUCCCAAACAUAAUGAAUGGCAAGAAUGUCCUUACAAUAACAGCCGCCGAAGGUCUGCUGGUAUGGUAUCCCACAAAGGCUGCAUAUACCGAUUUGAUAUCAGUCGUGAGCAUGGCCUUAGUGUUUUCACCUAUAAUUCAAUGGCCAGGCACUGGAGUGAUGGAGUCAACCUACAUCCUGGUCCAGGGCCACCUCCUCCCAGUUUGCCAUUUCGUUGCACAGUCAUGGGGGGCAACAUCUAUUGCUUGAACAGAGCUGUAACACUAGGAGUGCCACUGCCACCAGAAGGAACUGGAGGAGAAAUGGGUAGUUGUCAACUUGAGCUCUUUCCCUCACCAGAAGAAGCAAAAGGGGUCCUAUUUCCGUUUGUUCUCUAUUUGCCUGAGAAUAGAUCCUACCAUUAAGACCAAGACUAUACUGCGUAUGUGUCUUGCUUUAUUGGCAUGUUUUUAAACGUCUGUCUGUAUCAUUGUCUGUCUGACACAUUUAUGCCAGGUUUAUUUCCUGAAAUGCAUGCCUAUCACUGUACAAAGAUCAUGAAUACACAUAUUAUAUGCAUUAUUGGAGAUUCCCUAGAACCAGCCUACAGACCUUUACCAAGAUGAAUUUUGCAUGUGUUAGUUAUUGUUAUGUAUUUACAGUCUAAUGAACCUUGUGAUGGGGACGUUUGAUAUGGUCAAGAAAACAAUAAAUGGAGAUAAACUAACCUGGAUUUUAAGAAUAGCUGCUAAAAUCUAGAGCCAAGUGUUAAAAGAAACUAUUAUACACUUCAGUUAUUACCAUAUGCUCUAGUGAUGAUAUAACUGUUGACAUUGGAGCGUAGAUGGGAAACAAUGGUGUGAUCAAUGAUAACCAUUUAGAUGAUAGCCUUUGUUUUCCCAAACCUAUAGAAUGACAAUGCCAGCAACAACAUUACUGCUCUUAUAUGUGCUACUAUGUUCAUAACCCUCAAUAUUAUUAUUUGUAUAAUGUGAUGACACUGUGGGUCACAAAUACAAACUACUGCAAAUUGAAUGUAUGUCUAUGACAACCAGACAACAGCAUCCCUUAUCCUCGUAACAGGACCCCUACCUUCCAUGUACCGUUUAUAUGCUUGGUAUUUUCAUGAUUUUUGGGCCCACCUUAAAGUGGCACUGUGCUUUAGGAAAACUUUUGAUAUGUUAUUGUGCAAGUGCUCAGACCCCCGCCGAUAGCUAGAUAGAGGAAAGAGAAGCAAUCAUUCAACUGCUGUUCAACCAUCAACUUUCUUCUAUCUAAGGGUACAACCAUACAUUCAGGUUUCUGCACACAGUUUUGGAAGACAAAAUCAGGAGUGGAUCAUAAAAGGAGAGAAAGUAUAAAGGACAAAUAGACGUCUCUUUUUGGGUUUUAGCUUCCAAAACUGCAUCAAGUAACCUGACUGUGUGGUCGUACCCUAAUCUGUAUGGCCACCUUUAGACACCAGGGUCCUACUGCUACCUUUUCACUCCUUAUUACUGUGCUCCUAAUCUAGCUAUUUCUCAAUUACUAUGGGCUGCACCACAGUUUUUUUUUUCUUAGAUAACCCGAACCAUGUACACCGAACUUGAAAACACAAGUUUGCUCAUCCCUAAUUAUAUUGUAAACCAUAGAUUACUAUGAUUUUCUGGAACACAAGUUAUGUAUACAUGAAAGUAAAUGUUUUAUAUAUUUGCUGUCAAUGGCAAAUAGAUCCAAAAAUAUGGUUCUGUGUUAAUGCAUGUUUGCCUCGUAUAUGCUUUCCCCUUUAAAAAAACUGGUCAGUAUAUGCAUCUGUGGUAGGACACAAACAUGGUGUUUUUACUGCCCCUCCUAAAUAUUUGAUCAUUUAUACAAAGUAACAACUCAAUGCUUAUUUUAUAUCCAUGUACAUGUAACCUACAAAACUAGAAUCCAUGGAGGCAUUCACAAUAACUGCAGCUGUGAAAUCUAAUUCUGCUCAUAUUAUGCUUAUAAUGAAUUGUGACUGAUUACUUAACUACAUUAGCACCAUCAUUAUUUCACAGAAUCUUCAUUUUUCUGGCUGUGUACAGGCAUAUUUGACCCUCUCCUUGGCCAUAUUUCUGGCAUGAGGAAUACAGAUGGCAACUUCCUGAAAUACCAUGUUAUCUUUGUAGUUAAUGUGGCCUUUAAACAUUUGUUUUUCCAGUACCAUUGCUGUUUCCCUAGAGACUAGCAUAACAUGUAAAGUUACAAUAGGAGGUAUUUAUCUUUUGUUAGGAAGCUUUAAAUGCUUUAGGAUAAUGGAACCACAAUGGAAAAGCUCCCUCCAUGGGAGAAAAUAAUGGAAAGUCAAUUUAACAUUCCAUUACAAAGCAAUUUUCUUGUACGCACACUUAAUGAUACUGGGAAACACAACAUAGGUAUAGCAUAGUAGCAUGAAUAGUGUCUUCACAUUUCACUUAAGCUAGGAUUAUUCCAUGUUAUAAUGGCGUUUCCAUUAUUGGAUAUAUACAGUACCUAUAUAUAAAUAUCAGGAUAUUGUGCUUUCAUCGGAAUAGUGAUGUGUUUCAAGGGAACCUGUCAGAAUCUACAUGUCCCCUAAACUGUCCACAGUACCUUACAGCUGAUGUCAUCUGGUUUCUAAUGAUGUGCUUGUCCAAGCUGUCCAAUGGGCGUGAUAACGGUAAAACAACUUUUAUGCAGCUGCAUUCUGUAUGCAAACGAGGAUCUUGAAGUCAACGGGGCAGCGGCUUUCACACUUGAAGUCAAGAUUGCAGGGCCCCCCUCCUGGCCCUUUGCGUUUGAUGGGCUCUUUCAUUGAUAUCUCAUGUGUGUGCCAGAGAACAUUAUCAUACAGUGCAUACGGCGCAUGCAUAAGAUCUGAAGAAGGAAUUGCGCAUAAAAUAAAUGUAAAAGCCCCUCAAUCAAAAGCAAGGGGGUGUAGCAAGCUUGACUUCAAGCAGGGUUCCUUUAAAAGGGCAGGAUAGGGUCUGUUUAAACUUUGUGUUUUCCUAAGGCCUGAUUCAGACAGCUAUUCAGAUUUCAGACCGCAAUAUAUGGACAUAUUUGGAUGUCCAUAUGGUGUCCGGGUGCAUCCGUUUUUCCCCCCUAAACUGUUCAUUUGAUGAUUUGAGCCUUGAAUGGAAAAUUACAAGAAUGGUGCAUGCUCUAAGUUUCUCAGCACAGAUGAUGACUGGUGCUGAUCCAACUGAAUAGUGAAUUGCACCAUUUAUUUUAAUGCAUACAUGUGCAGGUAUAGUGCAGAUAGCACACAGACGGGAAAUACAGUGGUUAUACACAUACUUUAUGAUUACAUUUGGCAAAACUGGCCCAUUUUGGAAAGAUAGGCCCUAAUGUGGAUGCGGACCUCUUGACCCUCUAGCACUUGCUGGAUGUCAACAUGUCAACAUGCCCGAUCCUUUGUUCCCACAGGAGAGAAAGCAUUGCAUGGUAUCUGUAGGUGUCUUAUUCUCCUCUCCACAAUGAAAUUAACAUGACAUUUGCUGUGGAUACCACAAUGUAAAGGUUUUUUUUUCUGCUUUGAAUGUAUUGCAGUAUUGCACACUAAGUUUAGUGGACAUCCAAUGUACAACUGUGGUCCUCCAGAGGAAGACCUGCAUGCAAAUCAGUUUUAGCAAACAGGGGGGUCUGAAUUUCUUAGAUUCAACUUGUAAAACAACUUGCUAUAAGCAUUGAUUGAAUUAUGAUGCAAUACAGGAGUGUUAUUAUAUUGAGAAAAAUUAUAUGAUAGGCAGCUAUUGAGGCACGUAGACCCUUUACCAGAAUGUGCUAUUGGAAAGGUUAUGGGAUCUAUACAUCCAACCUAUAACUGUCAGUGUCUAUAACCAAUUCUGCAUGUCAUUCUUAAUGCAUUCCUUUUAGUAAUUUGACACAUCAAGAAGGUGAAACAGAAAAGAAUGCUGUUCGAGUUUUAACAGAACUAAGUCUUUGAAAAUCUCUGUUUUCCUGCACAAACCAGCUUUUUAUUCUGCUAUGCUGUAGGCAAUCCACAGUUCAUGUAAUGCAUAACUUAAUGGUUGAGUAGCACACUCAACGCUUUCAGAUUGCAGCUAAGAAUAUUUGAUGAUUUGAAGAGAAUCUCCUUGCAUACAGUUCUCUUUCUGAGCCAGUGAAUGCAGUCAUUUAUAUUUUAUACAGCUGAUUAUGAUUAUCAAAUUUAUACAUGAUAUAAAUUGUGUUUUGUAUUCUGCAUAAUGAGUUGGAUGUAUUUUAUGAUAUAGCACUGCUACCCAGUGUGAUAUAUGGCCUUCUUCUGAUUCAACACAAUAAUCGGGGAUCUCGGGAAUUGUGAAGAUGAAAGCUGGAUUAUUUUAAGUCUUCUAAAAGUCUUUUCUUUGAUGACAAAAAAAAAAUCAUCUGAUUGUAUUUGUAUUCAUAUAUCACUUUUAGGCACAGUGGCCCAUAUUUACUAAUCCUGUAGAUCAGUGUUCCUCAACUCCAGUCCUCAGGGCCCACCUGCCCGUCAUGAUUUGAGAAUAUCCCACAGAACGAAUACCUGUGGUAAGUCCUGAUGCACGGACAUUAAUUACAUCACCUGCUCAAUACUAAGGAAAUCCUGAAAGCAUGACCGCCAGUUGGGCCCUGAGGACUGGAGUUAAGGAACUCUGCUGUAGAUUACAUAAAUCUAGACAGACUGUCUAGACCUGUAUCAGAUUUAUCAAAGGGCCCAGGCUGGAUGAUAAAUAUGGUGCAAAGAUAGACUCUUUUCUUUGACUCUGUUGUACUAUUGGUUGGGUGACUUUGACACAUUUUUAAGCCACAGUUGUUGCACAAUUUUGGUGCAAAAUGGCACAUCUUAGGCCCCUCUCCAUUUCCUGCAGGUUAAUCCAAUAGCUUCUGAGCAGAAAGUGAUUUUCAAGAAGGAAGCAUUGAUUUGGCAACUUUUGUACAGCUCCAAAAAAUAUUAAGGGGGUUAAAUGGGUUCUCCGGGAAUUAAGAAAAUGAAAAUAUAUAAAUAUUACUUUAUUAUAAAUAUAUUGCCAAAUACCUUUCAUUAGUUAUAACUAAUGGCUCGUUUUGUCUAGGAAGCAAUGAUUAGGAGAAACAAAAUGGCCGCCGUCCUGACAAUUUACUUCACAACACUGAAUUAAUGAAGAAAGGGAUUUUAUGUGUUCAGUUGGCUUAAAAACUCAACAGAAGACCCCAAGUGGGCUACAUACAGUGAACAUACAAUUUUUGGUUAACAAUUAAAAAUAAGUAUAUCAUUUUUCUAUAACAGUUUCUAAACUAAAGUUCCCGACCUUGGCUUACAAGAAUUUGGGGGACAUUUAUUUAUACAAGUCUUCAGUCCCACAGCACUACCAGAGGAGGCACCAAAGCCUCUACAUAAGUUUGGCGCUUGGUCCAACAGGCCGUGUGACAGCCUUACAUCUAGACCAGCUCCCUUGCAGGCAUAGAUUUAAGCAAU